CUAAACCUAUCACUGCAUCAAAGUGCAACAAUUGUUAUUGACGAAGUUUGCAUUUUUUGGCAAAAAUCAGGAAUUAUGACAAGAAGAAAACAAAAAUGCAUUGAAAAAGUAGAGAAACUUUAUGAUAGUUAUGAUAAAUUACGAAAAAAUUCUAACCGUAAAUCAAUUGGCCAGCAAAACAAAGAACAAGAAUUCGUUUCGAAUUUCGAUAACUUAUUCGACAUCGCACAUACAGAUAUAAUAAAUAUGAUAUCUAAAGAAAAAAUGGAGUUCUUAAGUUGUCAACGAGAACCAGGUCGAAGAGGUCACAUAGGUGGCCUUGAAUGUAUUGAGUCUGUCGAUGCUACAACUCAAAUAGAUGAAUCAAUGAGUUAUUAGGAUUCCCAAAGCACAGGCACUUUCAGCCAACAAAGUGUUGAAACUGAUUCAAGUCACGAA